AUUCCUUCUCCAAAUCAGUAGAGCCGCUAUUAAUAAGAAAGUGUAACUUCCGAAUGACAAUGACGGUGCUUGGUUGUGUUUGCUACAAACAUAGAACUCGAAUUUUUCAAAUAAUAAGAGUGUUGGACAUUAGUAUAGCGAGACAAGAUGAUGAUGAAUUCAGGUAUUCUCACAAGGCAACGUUCCCAAACAGCAGGAACUACCACAAGAGCAGUUUAGCUUGUCGUCUCUGUUCUCUCCGGCCACACUUACGUCUCCAUAACUGAAACUUAACUCCUCCUCUGCGAUUAUGUCCUUUGCUGCAAAGAAACAGAGCCGAGGAAGCAACGCUCCUGAGCUUCUCAACAGAACAGUGGAGAGAUUUCCACCGUCACAAGAAUGGUUGAUGAAUCUAGCAACGUUCCCAAUUCUUGUGGCGUCGAUGUUUAUCCUUAAACAAGCUUGUCCUGAAGGGAGGUGUUCGCGUACGACCAAAAGAGCUGAAGCGAAGGAUUGUGUUGAUCUGAGUUUGUCGUAAAUGUUUUGACGUCUACGUGCUUCAUCUGUUGUCAAUAGCUCACCUAUAAGAAGAGACGACAAAAUCAAGUUUAUGACUUUUGCAUAAACCAAGUCAUUAAGGCAGAUCACAAAGAAAAAACACAUUCAAGAAAGAAGAAAGAUUUGUCAUUAUCUCUAAUCUCCAAAUCCAGCAUUGUGAUACUACCUCUAAACGAUUGAAACAAGAACAUUUCGAAAGCUCAGAUCUUUCACUGAUGGAGAUCACUCUUAAUACCAUGCUAGAAUCUCAUCUCAACGCAUCGAGCUAAAUCAUAUGCAGUCCAAGUGUAAAAGGCUAAUAACUAAUGCUAAUAUUCCUCAAAUCAUGUAAUCUUAAGCUUGAUUUUCAAGUUCCAAUUAUCAAUCUUCCAAAAUUAGUGACCUACUGCAAUAAAACGAAUCACUAUACUAUUAGGAAACCAAAAGUUGGUUAACGUUACCUAAUGCUAAUAUUCCUCUAAUCAUGUAAUAUGAAAUCGAAAUGUAAUUGUAACCUGCAUAUUCACAGAUGAAUUGGCCUUGCUUGAUAAGCUGGUCAGCGUACAAGCACCAACCUUUCUUCUCAUCUCUCACAAUCUUCAAACUAACCGAAACCCCCUUCUGCGUAACCCGGUUCGAACAAUCGGACCCGCAUCCACAACCCGACCCACAUUCGUUAGCUAUCUCUUCCAUCCCCGCGAAAGCUAAACACUUGCAGUAUCCUUCCUCACACCUCUCGCAUUCGCAUCCUGACUCGUCCACUAAACUCACCCCAAAACGUCCGCUUUCACUCACUGAGUCAAAACAAGGUCUAGACUCCGAUCCACAUUCAUUAGCAGCAGCUCCCCACCAUUGUCGCGGCGGAGGAGGAGAUGAAGCGGGGAUCUGAAAAGGUGUGUAGAUGAAGUACGCGUAUCGUUGAGAAUCGAUGGAGUUGUGAAACGGGAUUGAGAUGUUUUCCAAGGAUCGUGCAGCGUCGAGAGAUCGGUGAAUGGUUAGAGAUUUCGAGAUUAGGGAUAAGGUUUUGCAGGUUUGAGCAACAACGGCGAGUUCUCGAGGGUUUAGCCAUGGGAGAAUCAAAUUCGCACAUCGGAGAAAUCGAUCGGCGGCCGGAAUAAUGUCGGAAGCUUCUCCAAGACAACGCGUCUUCGGUGGUGGUGACUCUCGCAGUCGCUGCAUAUUUUUUCUCAGCCAGCGAUAUACAAACGACGUCGUUGCGUUUAAUUCUAUUUAUAUCCUUAAAUUCUAUUUUAAUUUCACUUCAGUAAGAAUUUUUUAAAGAAAAAUGGCGAGUUUUUUUGUGUUAAUCAUAACUAUAGAUUUACUACCGUCGCUUUGGUCUGUGUAAUGAAAUCUGUCAUUUUCACAGAGGAAAAAAACUUACAAAGACAAAAUCCAUUGCAAAAGAGCGAGCAACAACGACGAAAUUUCGAAAUGCCAUCGCCACCGACGACGACUUCUCUCUCGGUGACACAGACCAUAAACGGAUCACACAGCUUCACAAUCAAAGGCUAUUCUUUGGCUAAAGGAAUCGGGAUCGGAAAACACAUCGCCAGCGAUACUUUCACCGUCGGGGGUUAUCAAUGGGCUAUCUAUUUCUAUCCUGAUGGCAAGAAUCCUGAGGAUAAUUCGGCUUAUGUCUCCGUUUUCAUUGCUUUAGCUAGCGAUGGUACCGAUGUUAGGGCUCUUUUUGAGCUUUCUUUGCUUGAUCAGAGUGGUAAAGGGAAGCAUAAGGUUCAUAGCCACUUCGAUCGUGCUCUUGAGAGCGGUCCUUAUACUCUCAAGUAUCGUGGCAGCAUGUGGGGCUACAAGCGCUUUUUUCGAAGACUUAUGCUGGAAACAUCUGAUUUUCUGAAGGAUGAUUGUCUGAAAAUUAAUUGCACCGUGGGAGUUGUGGUCUCAGAAAUAGAUUGCCCACGGUUACAUUCUAUUCAUGUCCCUGCAUCUGAUAUUGGAUCUCAUUUCGGGAUGCUUCUAGAGAACGAGGACGGUUCAGAUAUAACUUUUAACGUCUCUGGUGAAAAGUUCCGUGCUCACAGGUUAGUAUUGGCUGCUCGAUCUCCUGUCUUUGAAAGCGAGUUCCUCGAUGUUACGGGAGAAGAAGAUCGUGAUAUCGAAGUUACUGACAUGGAGCCUAAGGUUUUCAAGGCUUUGCUCCACUACAUAUACAAGGAUGCUCUCAUUGAAGAUGCAGAGUCAUCAUCAUCUUCCGGUUCAUCUGUUGGUCCAUCUGCCUCAGACACAUUAGCUGCAAAGCUACUAGGAGCCGCUGAUAAAUACAAGUUGCCUAGAUUAAGUCUAAUGUGCGAGUCAGUGCUCUGCAAGGAUAUAUCAGUAGAUUCCGUUGCAAAUAUUUUGGCGCUUGCUGACCGUUACAAUGCUUCCGCCUUGAAAUCCGUUUGUCUGAAAUUCGCAGCAGAAAAUCUCAUCGCUGUUAUGAGGUCAGAUGGGUUUGAUUAUCUAAGGGAACACUGCCCGUCACUUCAGUCUGAGCUUCUGAAAACAGUUGCGGGUUGCGAAGAGGAGUUAAGCGGAGGAGGAGGGAAGACGAGAAGCGUAUGGGGCCAAUUCUCAGACGGUGGAGCUGAGACAAACGGAAGACAAGCACAGACUUGGGGAGAUAUCAAUGGAGGAGCAGAGAGAAGCCAGAGUGUUUGGGUCGAAGUUGUGAACGCUAAUGGAAGCGGUAGAAACAAUAAUGACAACAAUAACAGUGAUGACCCAAUGGCAGAACUAGAAGAUUGAGCAAAUAAAAGGUAAUAAAAAAGCCAAAGGACAAUCCGAGUAAGCUGAAGUUAGGAUCAGACAUCAUGAAGCGGAGAUCUUGUAACUUAGUGUUUCCACUGUCGAAUACUAUGUGGAUCAUAGGAGACGAUUUAGUAUUGUUGUUGUAAUACGCUUUCCGUGUAAUAAUUGGAGUUACUAGUAUGAUAAACUAAAACACUCAUCAUCAAUAUAAAUUCAGUAAGCUUG